AUGAGGCUUGAAAGCUUUGUCGACAUCUUCAAUGCAAACGGCGAUGGUUGCAUCGACGACGAGGAGCUUGAAGAUCUUUUGGAUCGAAUGGAAGGAAAGAAACAAGCAGCCGGGAAAGAGCGCUUGCAUGAAGACGAGAACGAAAGAGGAACGGCAGAGGGCGCAGAGCCGAAACUCGCUUCGGAAUCAGAGUCUCAUCAAGAACUAGACAUCAUUCCUGAUUCCGAGGAAGAGGAGGACAAGCAGGAGAAGGAGCAGGAGCGUCAGCAGGAACAGGAGCAGAAGCAGGAGCAGGAUCAGGACGUCAUUCCAGACUCCCAGGAAGAGGAAGCUCGCGCAGCUGACGGCGAUGAAAAGCAAGACGCUCAUGCGCCUGCAGAGCCUUCAUCUCCUCCAUUCAGCUGCACAAUGCUUGUGACGUCAGACCUAGACACGGCGUUUCCUCCUAUGAAGAACGAGAGGUUCUCACCAAGUCCCUUCCAGGUAGCUCUGCUGCAGCACGUGGAGCAGGUGCGGGGCCACCUGAGCCAUCAGGUCGGGCUGCUAGUCAUGGCGACAGCGCUGGGCAAGACGAUUUUUUGCAUCCUCGACAUCGAAAGGCAACUGAAGAGAAGAGAAGCGGAGCAAGGAGAGGGAGGGGAGCAAGACGAAGACGUUAGGUUUCAACAAGGCCACGAGGAAGCGCAUCAAGAUGGGCUGAGAGCGGAUGAGGAGGGAGCCUUUGAGGAGCGUGGAAGUGAUGCAGUGCUUCCAUGGCGUGUUGUGACAGAGGUCGACAGAGAGAUACCCGUGAAGCAGGAGCAUCUCGAGCUCAUCCUUCCGCUGGGUUUCCCUGAGGUAUCCUGUCGAAGAGCUCUGCAAGUGCGCGAUCACGAUCCGCACGCAGCCAUUGAUUGGCUCCUGUCGCUCCAGGAGGGAAAAGUUUGGGAGGAGCUAAAGGAUAACCGGGAAGGAGAGCAACGGGGCAAGAGGAGAGCUGGCGGACAUUUUCUCCCAGACACGAGGGGAGGGAUGAAGUUGACUUGUAGCAAGCGAUCGAAGAGCGAAGGAGGAAGCAGACUGAUCGACUUGAAGGGGAGGAGGGCGAUGCCCCUCUGCAAGCAUUUCACCUUUCUGUUUCUCGUGCACACGAGAGCGAUCCGAGACGCCGCGUAUGAGAAGUUUCAACGUCACUUCGUCUCUUUGGGCUAUGACAGGGCGAGUUUCUUGAACGUCAGCGAACAUCUUGGCAAGGGGCAGCUCCCCGAAGAAGUUGAAUCUUAUCUCAAGAUCUUUGAGACCAUUCGGCAGUCGUCCAACUUGACUUACUGCCUGGGAAUGACGGCAACUUUGCGUCAUCGAUCUGACCCUCAGGGUGAAGAUCUCAAGAAACUUUUUAAGGGGGUCCUCUACAUUGACUUCUCUUGGAUCUCUGCCAAGUCUCUCGGGUUUUUCCCUUCAGUUGAAUACCUCGAAGCUCUCCCGACGUUACACAACGGAGCAGAUGCCAAGACUUAUGCCCAGCUGCACGUUGACCCUUUGACAUUGGCGAGGCAUCGACGGUCGCUCACUCCUGACAACAUCGUGCGCACCAUCUUCGCCUAUCAGACUGCUCGCGAGGUGUCGCGUCUGCUCAACCGAUCGGAGAGUCACGAUGCCGGGGGCCUCCGACAUCUCGCGAUGUCCGCACAUUACAAGCAAGGCGGGCGAGCCGAGCGCAAUGUCGCCAAGUUUGCGUCUCGUCCAGCAGCGGGGAUGGCACAUGCUCUCGUGACAAUCUCGAUGCUCAAUGAGGGAUACGACUGUCCAGGCGUUGACUUCGUUGUGCUCGCAAGAGUGACAGACAGUGAGAUUGUCUUUGCUCAGCAGAUGGGCCGCGGGCUCCGACGUGACACGUCGGAUCCCUCCAAGGAGGUCACCAUCCUCGACCUUGCACUGAACCUGCGCAGACGGUGA